AAUUCUAAGCUAUCAGCAUCCUUGUUGGUGGGAAUGGGAGCUGCACCUCAGCUUGCCUACUAUCUUUUGACGUCCCAGCAGCCUUCUCUCGAUUUCUGAUCAAACGCUUUUGCUUCGUGAACAGCAAAUAUUUUCGGAAACGAUGCUUGAUCCGCUUUCCGCGAUCGGUCUGGCGUCGGCCAUAGUGCAGUUCGUUGAUUUCAGCGCCGAAAUCAUCCAGGGCGCGCGGGAAGUCUAUGGCUCCAUGUCUGGCGCGACUGAGCGCAACCGGAGCCUAGAGGUUGUUGUGGGCCAAACGAGAGAUCUGAUCUCAAAGCUCAAUGCUCCGGGCCACUCGCAGCAGAGUGAGGAUGAGAAGGCUCUCCGCCGCGUGGCCAACGAAUGCAAGAUUCUGGCACAACAGAUUCUCGAUCUGCUUCAGAAGAUCAAGGCAAAAGAUCCCAACUCAACUCUCCAGGCUGUCUGGGCAGCACUGAAGAAUCAAAAAUAUAAGAGAGAGCGAUCGGAACUGGAAGAAAGACUGGAGAGUUGUCGGAAUCACCUUGAAUUCCAACUAAACUAUUUGACCAGGUUGCUCCCUUUACACCUUGAUCGGUGCAGAAGAUAACUAAUUGACAGUGCCGAGACCAAGGCCGAAUUGAACAAACUGACAACCUCUACGGAAGGUCACGCUGAGAAACUUACAUUUCUUCAAAAGGAUGUUGAGCAACUUCGCUGUGGAACCAGGGUUACGUCCUUGAGCCCGGAAGCUCAAGACCAAGUCCAGAAGCUCUUGCAGAUCUCAGACGAAGCUCUCCAGAGAAUCAAACAGCAGGUUGUUUUAAAGAACCUCGCCUACAGUGACAUGGAAACAAGAUUCGAAGAAGUGUCCGAAGAACACAGCAAAACCUUCGAGUGGAUUUUUGGAGACACCACCCAAGAUAACAACCCGGACUGUGACGGACCCAGCCAGGAGUCAUUUGUGCAUUGGUUGUCAGCCGGAAGAGACAUCUUUCACAUAUGCGGGAAACUAGGGUCCGGGAAAAGCACAUUGAUGAAGUUUCUGUGUAACCAUGAUCGCACAGAAACUGAACUACAGCGCUGGGCGGGUGGCCGAAAACUGAUACGUGCAAAGUUUUUCUUCUGGAGGGGAGCUACAACAAAAGAACAAAAGUCUUUGACUGGCCUUGUUCGAUCCCUCCUCUAUGAGACGCUGCGUGCCUGCCCUGAACUCAUCCCCGACACGUUGCCCGGUCUCUGGGCUCAGUUGGAGUCGUUAUCCUGGCAGGUGGAUAUGAGGCUCGAUCUCAGCAAACUGCAGAUCCGAGCAGCAAUCUCCAACCUUAUCACACAUCGGGACUUGUACAAGGAACACUGUUUCUGCUUCUUUAUUGAUGGUCUGGAUGAAUUUGAGAAGACUCAUGAGGACGGUUAUGGAGAUCUCAUCAGGUUGCUCAAAAGUUGGUCUGACGCAGCCCCAGACGCCGUCAAAAUCUGUGUUUCAAGCAGAGAGGACCUAGUCUUCAUGGAUGCCUUCUCUACCAAAAGAAGAUUUCGCCUUCAAGACCUCACGAGAGAAGAUAUUCAACGUUAUGUGCGAGAUAAAUUGCCGCUCGGAGCCGACGAAAAAGGUGAAGACUUGGUCGAAAAGAUAACUGAACGAGCGGAUGGAAUCUUCCUCUGGGUGGCUUUGGUGGUCAAGUCAAUUCGGGAUCAGUUGGACGAAGGCUAUGAUCUAUCUGAUGUCGAACAAGAGCUCGACCGACUUCCCCGCGAGUUACACGAACUCUUUGAAUGUCUUCUCAAGUCGAUUAGCAUUUCAGGUCGCAAGAGAGCUCAUCGCACCUUUGCAAUGGUUCUGAAGCUGAGACAUUACAAAAUCAACAUGUCGUUACUGGCGUAUUCUUUUCUAGGAGAAUAUGAAAAGGAACCGGCAUUCGCCAUGGAAGAGUCCUUCCCGUUCUCGAAUAUGGAUGACGAUACUAGGAGAAGUCGAGAAGAUCUUGCACGCAAAAGACUGUAUCGGGACUGCAGGCGGCUCCUCGAAGUGAAACAAGAUCCUGCGCGUAAAAGAAUGCCUUGGGACCCCCAGCCGCCUCUGGGACUGAAACAAGACGAGACGAUCAUCACAAUCACACAUCGCUCCAUUUUGGAAUUCCUUGAAAGUCAGCCUGUCAAAGACGAGAUGAGGUGCAUUCUUGAUGGCUUUAGCACGGAAGAUGCAGUUUCUCAACUCUCCCUUGCGGAGUUGAGGUGCGAAAGGGGAAAGAUUUCCCCUAGGUUCUUAAGUUUGGUCGUCUAUAACCUGCUUAAGAUGCGGCACCAAAGCAACGUUGACCAAGAGCCGUAUCAUUUCCAAGAGGCUCUAAGUUCCAUAGUGAGUCACCACAGUGGGACGGACUUGGAGACGCAAAUGAAGGAUUUCCCAUGGAUUGCAACUGCCUGGAGCGAGGCUUGCCCUGGGGCAGGCAUCGUUAAUGGAUCGAUUAAAUCCAAAAGCCCUGAGAAUUUCCUCGCAUCUCCUCUCUAUGUUUCAGCAUUCUAUGGAGCGUGCGAAUAUGUCAUCUGGAAGAUAGAGCGCGACCCAGCCAUUAUCGAACAUACUUCGAACAAAGGCGCCAUUGUCUGCUACGCUGAAUCUGGGCUCUGUUUUUCCGAAAACCAUCACAAGCAGCUGAAGCUUCUAGAGCUCCUUCUGAUCCGAGGUCUUUCCCCCAACACUGUCAUACACACUCACGCUGGGAAUAGCAACUUUGAAGGGGAAUUGAGUUUCUGGCAACAUUUCAUCCUUUUUACUGUGAUCGUGUUCGAUCCUUGGUCCAAUAAAGAGAAAAAGGACGUUGGCGAAUUAGUUGAAAAGUUUCUGGAACAUGAUGCAGACCCUCAUUUGUGGAUUUUGCUGCUUCCAAGACCUCCAACUGAUGACUGGGCUGAUGAGCCAGAUUUCGUUUUCAGGGUGACCCUUGCAAGAGAGCGAUGCAAGACUAUAGAGGUGAUGUUUUUCCGACAUUACAGGCCGAAGCACCAAUGUCCACUCCCAGUUGAAGAGGGUGAAGAGGUUUCGCUUCGACAAAUUCUUGAAUUCUGGGCAUUCGACAACGGGGAAGCAAUUCUGCAAUUGCUCGAUCGGAAUGUGCAGCGACGGGAACUGUUGGCAACAGUGGCCAACGAGGCACACCAAGUCCUUUUAUUCGUAUUGGGUAUACUUCUGGCCCUUGUCUUACCUCGACUGUGGGCUAUGGUCACAACAGAGUUGAGUUCACCAGCUGGGUGAGAGGCGGAAGAAUUCUGAAAGCUCCAGCUGAAAGGGCUCAUUCAAUUCCG